CCGGACACCGCGAACCUGAGCAGCGCUUGGCGCAACCACAGCGUCCCGCUGCGGCUGCAGGACGGCCGCGAGGUGCCCCACAGCUGCCGCCGCUACCGGCUCGCCACCAUCGCCAACCUCUCGGCGCUCGGGCUGGAGCCGGGGCGCGACGUGGACCUGGAGCAGCUGGAGCAGGAGAGCUGCCUGGAUGGCUGGGAGUUCAGCCAGGACAUCUACCUGUCCACCGUCGUGACCGAGUGGAAUCUGGUGUGUGAAGAUGACUGGAGGACGCCCCUCACCACUUCCCUGUUCUUCGUAGGCGUGCUCCUCGGCUCCUUCGUGUCCGGGCAACUGUCAGACAGGUUUGGCAGGAAGAACAUUCUCUUCGCAACCAUGGCUGUGCAGACUGGCUUCAGUUUCCUGCAGAUUUUCUCCAUCAACUGGGAGAUGUUCACUGUGUUAUUUGUCAUCGUGGGCAUGGGCCAGAUCUCCAACUAUGUGGUAGCCUUCAUACUAGGAACAGAAAUUCUUGGCAAGUCAGUUCGUAUUAUAUUCUCUACGUUAGGAGUGUGCACAUUUUUUGCAGUUGGCUAUAUGCUGCUGCCACUGUUUGCUUACUUCAUCAGAGACUGGCGGAUGCUGCUGCUGGCGCUGACGGUGCCGGGGGUGCUGUGUGUCCCGUUGUGGUGGUUUAUUCCUGAAUCUCCCCGGUGGCUGAUAUCCCAGCGAAGAUUUCAAGAGGCUGAAGAUAUCAUUCAAAAAGCUGCAAAAAUGAACAACAUAGCUGUACCAGCAGUGAUAUUUGAUCAUGUAGAGGAGUUAACCCCCAUGAAGCAGCAGAAAGUUUUCAUUCUGGACCUGUUCAAGACUCGGAAUAUUGCCACAAUAACCAUUAUGUCUUUGCUGCUAUGGAUGCUAACCUCAGUGGGUUACUUUGCUCUGUCUCUCAAUGUUCCUAAUUUACAUGGAGAUGCCUACCUGAACUGUUUCCUUUCUGCCUUGAUUGAAGUUCCAGCUUACAUUACAGCCUGGUUGCUACUGCGAACUCUACCCAGGCGUUAUAUCAUAGCUGGGGUACUGUUCUGGGGUGGAGGUGUGCUUCUCUUAAUUCAACUGGUGCCUGCAGAUUACUACUUCCUGUCCAUUGGCUUGGUCAUGUUGGGAAAAUUUGGGAUCACCUCUGCUUUCUCCAUGCUGUAUGUCUUCACUGCAGAGCUCUACCCAACCCUGGUCAGGAACAUGGCUGUGGGGGUCACAUCCAUGGCCUCCAGGGUGGGCAGCAUCAUUGCUCCUUACUUUGUUUACCUCGGUGCUUACAACAGACUUCUGCCCUACAUUGUCAUGGGCAGUCUGACUGUCCUGAUUGGUAUCAUCACCCUUUUUUUCCCUGAAAGCUUGGGAAUGACUCUACCAGAGACUUUAGAGGAGAUGCAGAAAGUGAAAGGGUUCAGAUCUGGAAAAAAGCCAAGAGAUUCAAUGGAGAGGGAAGAAAAUCCCAAGGUUCUAAUAACUGCAUUCUGAUAAAAAAAAAAUUUCUGCUUCAUUUGGUAAACUGAAAAACAUAAAUAAGACUCUGUGAAGAAACCAAAGCCUUUCCUGCUGAAAUGGACUGACUGUAGCAACUGACACUAAAAUGGACCUUACUAUCUAGAAAUGCUUGUCAUAUAGUAAACUCUGAACCAUCCUUCCAGAUAAUGUCCUAACUAACUAUUUUUAGACAGCCUCCUUACUAAUUAAUUCAAUGAAAUUGAUUUGUAAGAUUUUUUGAAAAUGUGUUAGUCAAGGACUGGUAAAGUACAUAUAAAGAUUAACAUUCUUUUCCAAACAUAAGAACACUACCUAAAUAAAAAGAAUGUCAUUAUAUUAAC